CCCCCUUCCAAGCCGGGAGGUGAGGGCGGCGCACCGCCCACAUCCGCCUCACAUCACUUCCUGGGCUUUGAAAAAAGAGGGAGAAAAAAAAAGAAAAAAUAGGAAAAAAAAAAACCACCUAAGCUGUUCCGGUCCCGUCUCGGAGGUUUACGCUCCGCAGUACACGGGGUGCCGCCGCUGCCCGCGCCGACACCAUGAAGGCUCAGCCCGCGGCAGCCUCCAUCCUCUGCCUGUGCCUGGUGCUGGCGGCCCCCGCAGCCUCCGCCGCGGAAGGGCUCGGAAAGGGUUUUGGAGAUCAUAUUCAUUGGAGAACACUAGAAGAUGGGAAGAAAGAGGCAGCAGCAAGAUGCGGGCAACGAGCUGCGGAGCAUCCGGUACGAGCUGUACUGCGCGGCGCGGCAGGCGGGCACGGCGCGGUGCCUCCUGCACUGCGCCGGCGGCCCGGGCGGCCCCGACGAGCCGGCCUUCGAGGCCCCCGACCCGCGGAACCGCUGGGACCGGCCGCUCUUCACGGUGUACGGGGAGGAGCCGCUGCCGCUGGCCGCCAUCCGCGCCGCCCUCUUCGAGAGCGCCCCGCCACCGCCGCACCGCGCCACCCGCACCCAGCCCCUGCAGUCCAGCAGCUUCCUCCACCACCUCGACCGCGUCACCCAGGAGGUGCUGGCCGCCGUGAUGGCCGCCCAGAGGAGCGGGGCACAGCCCGGGGAGGUGGUCCGCGUCCCCGGCGUCGCCGAAGGGCUGGUGCUGAACCGGCCCGUGAGCAUGGCCGAGCUGAGCCGUCUGCGGAGGCAGUUCAUCAGCUACACCAAGAUGCAGCCCAGCAACGAAAACUUGCCCCAGCUGGCCAGCAUGUUCCUGCAAUACCUGAGCCGCAGCAUUCAGUGAAGCCUGGCACCUGUGCCACGCGCAGGUGUGUCCCAAAGUACUUGCAACAGUAAGAACAUGCCUGCCAGCCACAGACCCCACAGAGCCUGGGUCCCGCCUAUUGCAUAUAAGAUCAUAGAAUCAUAGAAUAUCUCAAGUUGGAAGGUACCCAUAAGGAUCAUCAAGUCCAAUUCGUGGCAACAGCAGCUCUGGGAAGAUGGACACCAUGUUGAUGCAGUGGCUAAGCAAGGUGUUUUGCUAAGAGGAUCUGUAGGGAUGCUGUUGCCCUGCCCCCACAUUCUCCCCACUUGCAUCUUUCAAAAAGGAGAGCUACUGUUGCAUUCCCAAGCAAGUGAAGUCUCCUAUGGAGACCUAAAACCCAGUAAUCAAAUAGUGUCUGAACAGGAAAAUGCAAAAGGUGGGGACCGUAGGGAAAACUUUAUCCCUCCAUAUUGGCAUGUGUACGUCUUGAAUAAGAAGACUGUUUUUCCAAGGCUGUCUCCAGAUGAUGUCAAACUGCAGAAGAGACUUCAGGUCCAGAACUGGAACAGUAUUUUUAGGAUGUGACUGUUUCAGAAAAUCCUACUGAACGUAAGAGACAGAUUUGCAAACUCUGCAAGGCAGAAGGGGGCUGGCUUAGCAAACUCAAACCUCUCUGUUUCGGGUUUAACAAUAAAAUGUGUGCCUUAAAGGGAGUAAAGUCUUAAUUUACCUGCAGGACUAUUUUAUUGAAAUAACUUGCUAUGUCUUUUCUCAGCAAGGUCAUCAUUAAACACCUUUAAAAACACUUAAUUGUUUAAGAAUCGGUGCUCUCAUAGGAAAAAUGAGCUAAAAUGACUGUCUGUUCUGGGUGAAGCUCUCCCAUAAGUCUGUACCAGCUGUGAUGGGUACCUUAGUUUUGAACUUAUUUUCAGCUAAUUUCAGUUUUUGCUAUACUGCAUACAUAACUUACAUAAACUUCACUUUCUGAUGAAUGCUUCAUCCCUUACUUUAAAAAAUUGUGGCUUUUGAUUUUAAUUGUGUGUGUAGUGCGACCUGGGAGGAAAUCAUAAAGUGGGGCAGGAAGUGUUACUUCAAUUACAGUGGCUGUUUAUCUGACGUACCAGCUCCUAUGUGGACUUAUGCAUUGCAGAACUGAGAAAUGACUAUGAAAACGUUUCGAUGUAAAUAAGUUUAUUUCCCCAGUCAAAUUAAAGAGAAUAAAACUGAGAAAAUACAUCCAGUAUCUCUAAAACUUCUCUGAGUUCUCACUGGCCAAGAGUUGGUAUUUCAGGACUGCAAGCGCUUCCAUUUAAAAUCUGCUUUGAAAUCUUUUAAAAUUAGUUAGACUGGAUGUAAGGAAAAACUUUUACAAUGAGGGUGGUGAAACACAGGCGAGGUUGCCCACAGAGGUGGUAGAUGCCCCAUUCCUGGAAACAUUCAAGGUCAGGCUGGAUGGGGCUCUGAGCAACCUGAUCUAGUUGAAGAUGUCCCUGCUCACUGCAGGGGGGUUGGAUAGAUGACUAAAGGUCCCUUUCAACCGAAACCUUUCUAUGAUUCUAUGAUCUCUCUUAACUAAAACAAAAAAAAAAGUUGCAGUACUGAUUACCAGUAUUAUAUGAAUUCUGACAUGAAGCACUGAUC